AUGGCAAAACAAUUCGAAGGCAAAGUUGUGCUAAUCACAGGAUCGAGCAAUGGUAUCGGUCGCGGAAUGGCCAUAUAUUUUGCGGCUCAUGGAGCAAAAGUUACGAUCGCCGGAAGCCUUACAAAAGAACCUUUGAUGUCGAAGCUCGUCCAGGAUACUGUUGAACCCUUUGGAAGUCUCGAUCAUUUGGUAAAGUUCCCCUACUACGGGAUGUCAAAAUCGGUGCUGGAUCCGUUGACGCGAAGCUUGGCACUUGAGCUAAUUCCAAAGGGUAUUCGAGUUAACGGAGUCAAGCCUGGGGCCGUUUCAUCAGAAAUCAUGCAACGACAAGGAGCAACGCAGGAAAUAUUAAAUCGUCAAGGU